AUGCGAGGGCCCCCUCCGGGCUGGCUGGGGCGCGCGCGGGCGGCUCGCCGGUGAUCGGAGGCGCCGCGCCGUGAGACACACAUAUCCAAAGAGAGCGAGAGAGCGCCUUCGCCCGGCCGGCCGAGGCGCUGCUUUUGCGGGGAAAGGAAGCCAAGCCAGGCAGCCGAAAUACAGCGGGCGGAAAGACGCAGCCACAGCAGCCGGGAAAAAGAAGGGAGGGAAAGAAAAGCAAAGAAGAAAAGAAAGCCAGGCGGGCCGGCGCGCGGCCAACUUCCUGCGUUUGGGGUUUCUCGCUCGCCUUUCUCUCUCGGUGGAGACAUGUCGGAAGGUCCCGAUCUGGUCUGCAUCAAGCAGGAAAGGAUUUCGUAUACCCCGCCUGUGAGCCCAGUAGACGAUUAUCCUUCCUCGUCACCUCUCCAUGUCCCACUGCAUCGAACCAUCAGGAUGGAGGACGAGACCCUCAGGCUUCCAGCCCAUUUGCGUUUGCAACCCAUCUACUGGAGCAGAGACGAUGUGGGUCAAUGGCUAAAGUGGGCGGAGAAGGAGUUCUCCCUUAGAACCAUUGACAGCAAUACCUUUGAGAUGAAUGGCAAAGCUCUUUUGCUACUAACCAAAGAGGACUUCCGAUACAGAUCUCCACAUUCUGGUGAUGUUUUAUAUGAGCUCCUUCAGCACAUCUUGAAGCAAAGAAAUUCUCAUAUGUUGUUUUCUCCCUUCUUCCACCCUGGGAAUUCUGUUCACGCGCCUCCGCCAGAUGCCAUGCUGCACCAGAAUCACGAUGAAGGUAACUGCAAAGGUCUCUUUGUUUUACGAGGAGCAAAAUGACACGAACAGGUCAGGUGAUGUUGUGGAAAGAAAGAGGACAAUUGAUGGGUGGGGGGAAGCAUACUGAUAAAGAAGAAUGUUUAUGUUUGCAAAUCAGGGUUGAAAUGAAGGGUCCCCUUGGUGCUCUCUGGGCUUGGUUGUUUUCUUGCAGAUGUUUCGUUACACAACUAGGUAACAUCAUCAGUGUGAAGCAUGGAAUGUUUGUAGCAUCCUAUUUAGAUCACUUCUAAUAACUGUGAUCUAUGAAUCCUGGGUACUCUUGAAAAGUUAGAACCGUAUUUCCCAAACCUGGCAACUUUAAGAUAU